CAGCGCAUUCUGACACUGUGGGGAACUGAAUUGGUGUCACUGACAUCCGCAGUGACACCAAUAUAGUGAUCAGUGCUAAUAAAAAGCACUGACACUGUACUAACGACACUGGGCAGGAAGGGGUUAACAUGUGGGGCGAUCAAACAGUUAACUGCUGUUUUAGUGUGCAGGAGCUGACAGGGGAGAGAACUGUAUUGUUUACAUACAGUUCUCUUCCUCCAUUGGUAAUGCUCCGCAAUCACUGGGUGCCGGCGAGUAAUCACCGGCUGGGACCUGGUGAUUGACAGCCGAGGCCACGACCCAGAAAUGCAAAAUCA